CCUGCGGGUCCUUCCAGUUCAUUACGCAACACGGAGAUCGGAUCGUCGCUUUGAGGCACCUCUGGAUUGCUCUCCUUUUCUUCUUCCUUGUAGGUUUAAUGGCGUUCGCUUUCCCCACCCUUCUUCUCACCCUUCUCCUCUCUUCCUCUCAUCUCCCUCUCUCCUCACCCGCCGACGAGGCUUUCGACGUCCGCCGACACCUCUCGACCGUCACCAGAUACGAUGUUGCAACAGAGACGUACGAUGGUUCCUUUUCUCCUUCUGCCAUACAUGAUGGAUGUAGACCAAUUCACUUAAAUCUUGUGGCAAGGCAUGGCACACGUGCCCCAACCAAGAAACGCAUAAAAGAGUUGGAUCGGUUGGCAAUUCGUUUAGAUUUACUUCUCAAUGAUGCUAAGCAAAAAGCAGGAAAGGACUCUCUGCAGAAAAUUCCAGCCUGGUUAUGGGGUUGGCAGUCACCAUGGAAAGGUAGAGAGAGAGGUGGGGAGCUAAUCGUCAAAGGGGAGGAAGAGCUUUACAAACUUGGAACCCGUGUGAGGGAAAGGUUUCCGCAACUGUUUGAUGAAGAAUAUCACCCUGACACAUUCCGAAUAAUGGCAACACAGGUCCCUCGAGCAUCAGCUAGUGCUGUGGCAUUUGGCAUGGGAAUAUUUGCUGGGAAAGGCAGCCUUGGACCUGGACAGCAUCGUUCUUUUUCUGUGAUUAGUGAAAGUCGUGCUAGUGACAUACAUCUGCGGUUCUUUGAUACGUGUGAAACAUACAAGGAAUUUAGAACAAGUAAAGAGCCCGAUGUUGAAAAGAUGAAAGAACCUCUUUUUGAUCAAAUUGCAUCUUCGUUAUCUAGUCGAUACCACCUAAAUUUUACAAGGCAGGAUAUUUCAACCCUCUGGUUUCUCUGUAAGCAGGAAGCAUCUUUACUGGACAUUACAAAUCAAGCUUGUGGCCUUUUUAAUCCUUCUGAGGUUUCUUUACUUGAGUGGACAGAUGACAUAGAGGUAUUUGUGCUAAAGGGUUAUGGUGAAUCAGUUAAUUACCGCAUGGGAGUACCAUUACUCCAAGAUGUUGUCCACUCAAUGGAGCAAGCAAUUUCUGCUGAAGAAGGAAACCUUGCCGGUGGAACUUCUGAGAAAGCAAGGCUUCGUUUUGCACAUGCUGAAACGGUUGUUCCGUUCACCUGUUUGCUUGGACUUUUUCUUGAAGGACCUGAAUUUGAACAAAUUCAACGGGAGCAACCAUUGAGCCUUCCUCCAAAGCCACCCCAGAGGAGAAAUUGGAGGGGCAGCAGUGUAGCACCUUUUGCUGGCAACAACAUGUUGGUCUUAUACCAGUGUCCGGGCAAUUCUUCUAAUGACAGAUUAUCCUCUGGAGUUCAAAGGAACAAGUAUUUUGUGCAUGUGCUGCACAAUGAAAUCCCAAUUCCGAUGCCGGGUUGUGGCCAAAGAGAUUUUUGUCAGUUUGAGGUUUUCAAGGAAAGAAUUGUCAAUCCCCAUCUGAAGCAUGAUUUCAAUUCGGUUUGCAACAUGAAGUUGAAAAUGCCAGAAGCCAAUUGCCCACAAAAACCUUGUUCAUUCACUAGCAAGUUGUCAAAUUUAUUUGGUAGAUUUUUCCCGAAGAAAGACCACAAUUCAUGCAUCAAAAACAAGAAGAAUGAAUUGUGAUUCUGCAAGACAUUGUUGGAACCUAAGAGUUCCCAGGUAAAGGAAUAUUUUGUCAUUUAGUACUGCUCCAAAAGAUUCUCAACUGAUCAAAAUCUGACUUCCAGUACUCACAAGCUUCUGCUCUUACAGAAAGCAGAGAGGCUGUCUAGUUUGUAACAUCAGCUAGAGGUGAAACCAGAUUUUGUUGGUCAGGUAUUGAUCCUGAAGUAGCCAGCAAUAACCCAAUUACACUUUCCUGGUAGUUUGUGGUUGCAGAUGAACAUGACUGCCUGCUAAAGUAAUUUCUUAUUUUCUGAUGAAACCUACUUGCAUUUCUUCC